CGGGGCACCCCUGCCCAGUGGGAACGACAACGCAUCUCUGCUGCUGCCAAAUUUUUGGCAGGGCGGUCGGUAUUCAGAGCCAGAAAAAAAAAAGUAUUGGGACCAUUCCCGAUACUCUCUUUUCAAGUGUCAAGCACCACCCAUUGCGCCCAAUAGGACUGCGGUAUACGAGGCCACAGCAUUCCAGUCGAACAAGCCAAUCGCACGUGGAAAACAUUGAAGCGGCCCAAUUCUGCAUUUCUUGCUUGUCUCGUCAGGCCAAACACGCAGCAACGCAAAUUCCGAUCCAGCAGCGGCCCGAGGAAGCAGCAGCAAACCCCUCCCCCCUCCCUUCAGAGGAAAACCCGAUAGACAAAGCCGAGAGGAAGAAAAAAAGAGGGUGUGCCCGCUGCCCGUCAUGUCCUCCGCACCAAACGUCCCGGCCUGGAAACGAUUGGGCCUCAAGCUCAAGCAGCCCGCAUCCGGCGCAGAGAUUGGCGGCCCUGCUCCUGCCGAGGGAUCGAAGCCCAACGGGCAACAACACCACGACCGGGACGCCAGCGGCCCCGUCGUCAACGCCGCCUACGCCUCGCCGGCCGCCGCCGCCGCCGCCAAAAGGAAACGUCUAGAUCAGCCUACUCCUCCCCCUGCGUACAACUCCAACUCCCCCUUCAAAAGGACCCGCACCGACGGCGACAGCAAUGCAACUCCGACCUUGAGGAAGCAAAAGUCCGUUACCUUUGCCGACGACGUCAAGAAGAACACCUUCACCACCGCCACCGAUCCCAAGAAGAACAAGAAGAAGAGCUCCAAGCCAGCGACCCAGCAGCCGACCGCCGACAUCAAGCCCUCCCUUGAGUACCUCAAGAACUGGAAGUCCUCCCGCCAGACGUGGAAGUUCAACAAGAACCACCAAACGAUCCUGAUGAAGCGGGUCUUCCACCCCGACGCGAUCCCGUCGAGCGAUAUUGGCACCUUUUACGAGUAUAUCCAAGACCUCAAGGGCUUCACGCGGUCGCGGCUGCUGGAGACGGCGGCGGAAGUGAAGAAGGAGGACGCCGAGAAGGGCAAGGCUGCCUUCCCCGUAGGCACGCCGGACAUGGAGGGGAAGCAGUCAGAGUACGAAAAGGUACUGGGUGGCCUGAUGCAGCUCGGCAAUGGCUCCGGCUCCAAGAGGAAGCGCUUCGACGAGGCCGGCUUCGUGUCCAAGUCCACGGACGUCGUCAUCACCCAGAGGGUCAUCAAGCGCAUGCGUGCCGAGACGAUAUUGGAGGAGUUGUCUGACAGCGAGGAUAGCGACGCCAUGACCAUUGAUACCGAGGAGACGGCCCCUCCUGCCCAGGCGGCUGCGGCUCAGGAGGAGGAGUCUGCAGACAAGCGGGUCAAGCUCAACGACGGCACAACGAAGGAAAAGGCCCCCCGCCGUCGCAAGAGACGUACCAAUGUCGACGAGUCGAGUUCUGAGGAAUCAUCUGAUUCAGACUCUUCGGAUUCAGACAGCGAUAGCGACUCCGACGAUGAAUCGGACAACGCGAGCGAGGUACAGCGCCAGGCCGCUCAGCGGGAAGCCGAGUCUUCGAGCGAGUCAUCAUCAUCGUCGGAAGAGGAAGAUGACAGCAGCGAGGACGAUAGCGAGGAAGAGGAGGAAGUUUCUAAGAAGCGGACAGAGUCGAAGAAAUAGUAGCAUACCUCUUUCUGGUGUCUAUCCUCAUCUCUCUACUUACCCCCCCCCCCCCC